GUUUUUUCAUUAUCUUGAUACGCGGUUUUGCAUUUUAUUGAUACGCGGUGUUGUACUUUAAACGAAGAUAUAAGCCUCGUAUGUUUAUUAGAACUAGUUACUUUUUAAUAUUUAGUAUUCCACUUCUGAUUUAUUUUAUAUCUUAACGUCCAUUGAUAUUGCCCCAACCGUUUUAACAGUUUAUUUUCUAUUUUUAAUGUUUAUGCCCCCGCGUAGUUGUAAUUUAGAAUAACACACCUAUGUACUUACGUAUUUUGAUGUUCUUGUAUUAAGUUCGUGUUCAGUUGUAUCGUCUUACUGUUAAGUUUAAAAAACAACCAAUCCUUGAAGCUAACACAAAACAUGAUAAAGUUUUCAACUUUAUUUGCAAUUGUGCUUUUUAAUUUAUUUUUCCAUAUUUUAUCUUACCCUCUUUUGUGCAAAAUCACACGCUCAAAAUUUACUUGCACACACCCGCUAUUCGAAAUUUGAUUUGUGUGCUAAAUUUUAUUUGCCUACGACCGAAAAUUUUCUGCACCACGGACUUCAAUGCCGCCAACACCUACACUACAAUACACAUGUUGAAUUGGGGAAAUGCUCCCUCGACAGCAUCAACUCUCAAUGUACAAGUAAUAUGCCCAAUUGCAGCAGUCGUUCCAAGCAACCGCUAAAUGCCUGGCACUCCAACAUCGACGACACGAAAUGCUCAUACACAGGUCUCUAUCCGCGCGCCUGGACCGAAUAUGAUCUCACUGCGUACGGCGUGCGACUGAUUUGUCGUCAGAUUUCGCCCGUCAUACCGCACGACUACAAAGAUUCAUGCCUGCCAUGCGCCGUCUUCGUGUGGUCUGUGGAGAAUGUGUGCGCGGAGGAGCGUAAGGUAUCCAUUACAUUCACCUUCAAGAAUGGUACCGGCACCAAGAAGCAGGAUGCAGAGGGCGGCGCUGAGGCGGUGCUCAUAUCGCAGGGCAAUGUGAAGGGCGUAGGCAUACGACAGAAGAUCGCUGGCAUGCCAUGCACCUAUAAUUUGGGUUGUCGCGUAUUGCCCGAAAUCAGUAUUACACGCUGCACGCAGUUCGAUCCGAGCGGCACGGGAGAGCAGCUAUGGUCCGAUUUGAAGGAGAACGGACAUCUUAGUGAGAAGCAUUGCGAUGAGGCGUUGAAAACCAAGGAUCUCGGUGUUGCUUUAUGCGCACAAGUUGCAGUCAAACCAAAUUCUAGUCAUGAUUUGGAGUUCGUAUUAGUUUGGGAUAUGCCACACAUACAUUUCCCAAAGAAGCACAAAAACUAUACGCGUUACUACACAAAAUAUUUUGAUGCGUCUGGCGAAGCUGGUCCAAAGAUAUGCGAGUAUGCAUUGAAGCACUAUGGCAGCUGGGAGAAAUUGAUUGAUGCUUGGCAGCGUCCAAUACUUAAUGAUGAUGGACUGCCUGACUGGUACAAAUGCGCCAUAUUUAAUCAACUCUAUUAUAUUUCGGAUGGCGGUACAAUUUGGCUUACUUGUGAUUCCUCAUUCGGCAAGGAAUUGAACUAUGAUGACCCCAGGUUGGCUUACGGCCGCUUUGGCUAUUUAGAGGGCCACGAGUACCGCAUGUAUAAUACUUACGAUGUACAUUUUUAUGCUUCGUCAGCGCUCUCCCNUUUUUUUUAAGUUUUAUUAGAAAGAUUAAUGUAUUUUUUUUUUUCAAUUCAAACAUUAUUUUUACCAUUUCCAGAAAAUCGCAAAUCCGCAUCGUUGUACAUCAAUGAAACGAACGGCAAAGUUUAUCUUAUGGAUGCCAUGGCUUACUUGAAGGCAAUGUAUCCAGCAUGUAAAACAAUUAUGGAGCGUACCAUAGAAUAUGACACAGAUAAUGAUGGACUAAUUGAGAAUACGAAAUCGCCAGAUCAAACGUACGAUACCUGGGUAAUGGAUGGACCUAGCGCCUACUGUGCAGGCCUAUGGCUCGCUGCCUUGCAAACUAUGUCGGUAAUGGCUACGCUGCUGGAUCAGCCCAACGAUUGCCUUCGUUUUCAGGAUAUAUUGGAGAAAGGCAAGCGUUCUUUGGAAGAAAAACUAUGGAAUGGCAGUUAUUACCGUUUCGAUAUGCACAACAAGGACACUAUAAUGGCCGAUCAAUUGUGUGGACAUUGGUAUCUGAAAACAUGUGGAUUCGAUUAUGAAGUCUAUUCAAAGGAGAAUGUACGUGCAGCUUUAAAAGAAAUCUACAAAAAUAAUGUUAUGGGUUUCUACGGCGGCAAUAUUGGUGCAGUCAACGGUUUCAUUGCUAAUUCGGAUCCUGAAAAACCAGGCCACGCCGAUUACACCACUUUACAAAGCGAGGAGGUAUGGCCAGGUGUUACUUUUGCUUUAGCCGCCACUAUGAUACAAGAGGGCAUGUUUGAUGAGGGCUUCCAAACCGCUGGUGGACUCUACAAAACGCUGAGUGAGAGAAUUGGUAUGAAUUUCGAGACGCCAGAAGCGUUAUAUGGUGAAAAGCACUAUCGAUCAAUUGGUUAUAUGAGACCGCUAAGCAUUUGGUCCAUGCAAGUGGCUUGGGAGAGAAGAAAAGCGCUACGUGACUAAAGAAGAGACGACAAAGCAAUUUCAUCCGUUUUAAAUAUAAUGACAUGUUUACAGUUUGAAAGCAUUUUCAGCGUGCAGCUAACACAGCUGAUAUGAAAACUAAAAGACACAGCAUUAAAGGCAAAAGAAAAUGGUUUUUUUUCACCAUGUCUCACGGCUCAUAUAACACAAAAUUCAGUGCAAAAAUGUAUGGAUGUAUUGCUACGAAAAAAAGUACAAGUUGUUAAGCUUACUAUUUGUAAAUGUCAUAAAUUUGAAAGCAUUUUGUAAAACGUUUUUAAUUUUAAGUGGAUAUUCCCAUUUUGAAAAUAAGCUUAGCUAAGACACGCUUACAAACCAAUGAUUAAGAAAUGAGCUAUGUAACUAGUUGUAGUUGUGAGAGCACAAGAUUUGAUAUUUUUACAGAUGCGAGCAAACUUUGAUUUUGCGAAAGUACAAAAAACGGGAAAUAAAGUCGAACCAAAUUUAAAAAUGCA